AUGGCCACCGACGACGAUAACUUCGACAUUGACAUCUACGGUGAUGGCACUUACAAUGCCAACGAGCCGGCUGGUCAGGAUGACGCAGAGCUGGUUCUCGAUGCUCCUGAGAACCUUCCUGCCACUGGCAAUGACGCAGUAGAUGGCACUAAUGACCGCCCGCACCGACCUGCCCCCUCCGAUCGUGCUUCCCAUGAGCGCACGGCUCCUGCUGCCCAGACCGCUCAACAUACCGAGCCUGUUCAGCCUGCUCAGAACACCCAGCCGGCCCAAUCUGCCCAGCAGGCUCCCGGCCACACCCUGCCUGCUCCCCCUCAGGGCACCAAGCGCAAGGAAAUCGACGAGCAGUCAUCUGAUCCUGGUGCAACCAACGCUCUGCUGAUCGGAGAGCUUGCCUGGUGGACCACCGAGGAAACGGUUCGGGGAUGGAUCAACUCCGCUGGCGUCGAAAACGAUUUGAAGGAUGUGACCUUCAGUGAGCACAAGGUCAACGGAAAGAGCAAGGGCCAAGUUUUUGCUCUGUUUAACACUCCCCAAGCUGCAACAAUUGCCAAGCAGGCGAUUUCUAAGACCACUGAAAACGGCCGCAACCAUACCGCCGCCUACGCCAACCCUGCCAUGAACCCUUUCAAGACUUUGCCAAAGGACACUCCAAUGCGCCAGAGCAAUGGGCCUACCCGUGGCAAUUACCAAGGUGGCUCGAACAACUUUGGCCAUAACAAUGCUGGUAAUUAUCGCGGCCGAGGAAACUUCAACAACCGUGGAAAUUAUAACAACUUUAACCGUGGCGGUCAUAACAACUUCAAUCCCAUGCCAUUCCAGGGUGGAAAUGCGAACCCUAUGAUGGGUAAUUUCGGAGGCGGUCCCAUGGGUGGCAUGCCUAACUACGGGUUCAACAACCGCGGUGGACCCAUGAUGGGAGGUAACAUGCGCGGUGGUCCUCGCGGCCGUGGUGGCAACCCCAUGGGCGGCCAUAACAUGAUGUCUAUGGGAAUGAACCCCGCAAUGGGCGGUAUGGGCGGCAUGAACCCAAUGGGCAUGAACCCCAUGAUGUCUAAUAUGGGUGGUAACAUGGGCCCCAACAUGGGUCCCGGCAUGGGGAACAUGGGUCCUAACAUGGGCAAUAUGGGCAUGCAAGGUCAAGCUCCAUUCCAAGGUGGACCAACUCCUCCCUUCAACCAGGGCCAAAACCAAGGCCAGAACCAGGCUCAAAACCAGGGUGGCUUCUAUAACGCCAACCAAGGUGGCCCAGGAUCCAACCCUCACGGCGCCAAGCGCAGUCGUCAGGACUAA